AUGAUAAUUAUAAUAAUAGUAAUAAUAAAAAAAUAAUAAUAAUAAUAAUAAUAAUAAUAAUAAUAAUAAUAUAAUAUUAUAAAUAAUCGAUAAAAUAUUCAUAAUAAUAAAUAAAAUAAUAAUAAUGUAACUAAUAAACUUAAAUCUGAAAAUGAUUUAAAUAAUAAAUAUAAACAACUUUCAUUAGACUAAUAAGAAAAAAGUAGUUUUUUAUUAUUAUUAUAAAAAAAUAAAUCGAAAUAAAGCAUAUAUUCAACCGAAAAAUAUAAUUUAAAAAAUUUAAUUUCAUUUUAUCCUAAAUUUUAGUAUUUAUAAAAACAAUUAAAAAAAUCUUCAUAAAUUACUGACAAUGUUAUAAAUAAUGAUAAAGCAAAUAUUCAAAUAAAUUUAAAAAAUAAUCAUUAAUAUAAAUAAACUUCUAAAAAAUCCUAUUUAAAAAAUUUUUCUUUUAAAACAUAAGCUGGUUCUAAUUAAUGCAUAACAAAAACAAACCAAGACAAUAUAAUUUAUAUAAAUAAAUUAAAUAAAAAAUAAAACCGUUUUUUAUUCGCUGUUUGUGACGGACAUGGUAUAAACGGCCAUAUAGUCUCCUCAUUUAUAAAAGAUGUUCUUCCUAAAAAACUUGAGUAAGCCUUAUAUAGACAAAUAAAAAACGAAAAGGACAAUUUUAUCUAAAACUCAUUAAAUCUAGCCUUCCUUUUGACAAGUAAAGAGCUUUUAGAGUCCGAAAUAGAUUGUUCAUUUUCCGGAUCUACUUGUGUAUGUGUACUUAUAAUAGGAAAUAAAGUCUGGACAGCAAAUGCAGGAGAUUCAAGGGCUGUACUAUACCUAUAAGAUUAAUAAAAUUGGUCACAUAUAUCCCUUAGUAAAGAUCAUAAGCCAGACAACCCUUCUGAAUAUGAAAGGAUCAUCCAAAAUGGGGGAAGAGUAGAUUGCUAUAAAGAUGAAAAUAAUAAACCUAUAGGACCAUAUAGAAUAUGGAUAGGAAAUGAAAAUAUACCAGGAUUAGCUAUGUCAAGAUCAUUUGGGGAUGUUAUAGCUUCUUAAGUAGGUGUUAUAUGUGAACCGGAAAUAAAAUAGUAUGAAAUUAAAUAAAAUGAUAAAUUUAUUAUUAUAGCUUCAGACGGAGUUUGGGAGUUUAUAGAUAAUAAAAAAAAUUAUGAUGUAAUUGAUGAUAUUACUUGUAUUUUUAUUAGCUUAAAUUGA